AUGCUAAGGAUCGUAUGCAAAAGACUUUACUCAUCACGCUCUGUAUUCCAACAGUUUCCUAGAACAUUUCGCUCCAGAAUCUGGUCCUGGAAUGUGGAUCUGCGUGGUCUGAGAAAGGAAUAUAGGGACUUGCAGGCCCUGGAGCACCCAGAUAUGAAUGCGAACUCCGACUCGAGCCGCAGCUCAGAGCUCAACCACGCGUACCAGACAUUGAAACAGCCUCUUCUACGUGCGCAAUACAUACUGGAAACCCAGGCAGGGUUGGACCUACGUAACGAGCAGACAUCGCGAGAAAUCGCACAGCAAGACCCAGAGCUGCUGAUGCGAGUGCUGGACGUGCAUGAGCAGCUGGAGUCGCUGUCAAGCGAGCAGGACGUGAAAGUCAUAGCACGUGAAAACCGCGAACGCAUGAAUGUCAUUGAGCAAACUCUGGGAGAAGCCUUUGCGCAACACGAUUGGGACCGUGCAGCGCAGUUGACCGUAGAGCUGCGGUACUGGACCAGUCUAGACCGCGCCGUUAAAGAGUGGGAACCCGGCAAAAGACUAGAACUGAACCAUUAG